GGUGUAGAAUUAUCUUAAGUAUGUGUUAGCGAAAAAAUGUAUUUUCGAAAUAAAUUGUACUACACACCACAGUUUAUUAAAUUGUAUACAGUUUAAUUAUCCAUAUACUUAAGACAUUAUUAACUAAUUCACUAAUGUUAAGGAAAGAAUCACCACAGAAACCGUUAAGUGGAUCACGAGCUGGCUCUUCUACUCGAUUAAAUCAAUUAAAUCAAUUAAAUUCUACCCCUAAUCCUCAUAUGACAUCUUCAUUAAAUCCAGUAAGAAAUCUACCGAUUGAUUCUACAAAUUAUAAGAGUAAGAUAAAGACAAAGGCUGAACUUGAAAAAUUUGAAAAAUUACCAAUAGUUCAACUUGUAGCAUCAUUUGAACAAACAUUAAAUGAAAUUUCUAAUGAUAUAUCAUUAUUUAAAGAGAAAGAAUUACCUAAUGAUGUUAACAAUAUAAUUAGUAUUAAUGAUAAUUUACAUUAUAAAAUUAAAGAACUUCAAGCUCAUAAAGAUUUAGGAAAGCAAAUUCAAAAUCUUACAAGUGAAAAUAAUAAAUUAGAUUCAAAAGCUAAAUAUAUUCUUAAAGAAUUAAUAUCAUAUCGUAGUGAAUUAAAAAAUUUACCGAGACUACCUAGUAAUCGAAAUAAUGAAGAAAUUAAUUCUUCAAUUCAAGUUGAAGAUAUCUUAAAGUAUGCUAUGAAAUUAGCUAAAUUUACUAAAGCUCCUGCAACUAUGACAAAUGUCCCAUAUCAAAUUCAUCCAAAUAAUUAUGUAUGGCCUGCUGAAGAUGCAUUAAGAAGAGGUAUGCUUGCAGCAAGUUCAUUACAAGGUGAUGAAAUAAUUCAAAAUGAGCUUGGAAUAACUAAAGAACAAGUUAACCAAGAUCAAGUAAUUAAUCAAAAAAUAAAUCCAAUUACUAAAGAAGAAACUAGAAGAGGUUCAUUUGGUGAUUAUGGCAGUAGUGCUGGUACAAAUAUAGAUAAAAAGAAAGCCAUUGGUAAUGGACCUGAUCUUAAUUUAGAUCUAUUUGAUUCUGAUGAAGAAUUCUCCGAUUAAUAAUAAUAUAUAUAUAUAUAUAUAUAUCUUAUAUAAAUAUGUACAAGUUAUUUUAUUUAAGAUUUGGAAUGAUCACCAAACAUUUCAC